ACACAUGCGUUUUCCUCAUGCAUCUUGUUCUUAGAAAACAAUAUAUAUUGGCUCAUUCUCCGCUAGCUUUCUCAUUCCAACUUUUGUAUUGGUAGUUAAAUAAACACUAUAUGCUCUGUUCUUUUGAUCUUGAUUCUUGAUUUAGUUUGCCUUGAAAUCUGUUGAUCAUGAUGUCCAAAUCUAUGAGCAUAUCAGUGAACGGACAAUCUCAAGUGCCUCCUGGGUUUAGGUUUCACCCGACCGAGGAAGAGCUGCUGCAGUAUUAUCUCCGGAAGAAAGUCAAUAGCAUCAAGAUCGAUCUUGACGUUAUUCGCGACGUUGAUCUUAACAAGCUCGAGCCUUGGGAUAUUCAAGAGAUGUGUAAAAUAGGAACAACGCCUCAAAACGACUGGUAUUUCUUUAGCCACAAGGACAAAAAAUAUCCGACGGGAACCAGAACCAACAGAGCUACGGCGGCCGGAUUUUGGAAAGCAACGGGCCGUGACAAGAUCAUAUAUAGUAACGGCCGUAGGAUCGGAAUGAGAAAGACUCUUGUUUUUUACAAAGGUCGAGCUCCUCACGGCCAAAAAUCUGAUUGGAUCAUGCAUGAGUAUAGACUCGACGACAACAUUAUUUCCCCUGAGGAUGUCACGGUUCGUGAGGUGGUGACUAUUAUUGGGGAGGCAUCACAGGACGAAGGAUGGGUGGUGUGUCGUAUUUUCAAGAAAAAAGACCUUCACAAAACCUUAAGCAGUCCCAUCGGAGGAGCUUCCCUUAGUGGCGGCGGAGACAUGGCAAGGGCGACGUCCUCAUCUCAGAUGUUCAACGAUGAUACUAUUGACCAACUCCUAGAACUAAUGGGGAGAUCUUGUAAAGAAGAGCUAAAUCUAGACCCUUUCAUGAAACUCCCAAACCUCGAGAGCUCUAGCAGUCAAAUAGUCAACAACAACUGCCACGUCAACUCUCCUGACACAAAUCAUGACAUCCACGUCAGCAACGUGGUCGACACUAGCUUCGUUACCAGCUGGGCCGCUUUGGACCGGCUUGUGGCUUCGCAGCUAAACGGACCCAUAUCAUACUCAAUCGCAACCGUCGAUGAGAGCCACGUUGAUCAGGAUCAUCUCGCUUUCCCUAGCAUAAACCGGUCCGGUUCGUACCACGCCGGUUUAAUGCAAGAAUAUACACCGGAGAUGGAGCUAUGGAACACGACGACGUCCUCCCUAUUAUCAUCAUCUGACUCAUUUCGCCACGGUAGUGGAUAAUGGAAAUGGAGGGAAAGAGAGGCACACAGAGAAAGUCAAUUUACAUGUGUAGAAAGAUAAUCAUACCAUAUUGUUGAAAACAUUAAAAACGGAAGUCAGAUUUGUGAUAAUUACAGUGGUUAUGUGAAAUAUUGUAAAACAGAUUAUAUAAAACUAAGGAUUCUUAAAA